UGACCAUGUCCUUGCCCGAGCAUAGAAAACGGGCGGAGCGUGUCAUCGUCCUAUGUUUCGAUGGUACAUCCAAUACCUUCCAAGCAGAUGGCACCGAAAGUAAUAUCUUAAAGAUUUUCCGCAUGCUCAAGCGUGAUGAUGACAACUUAUGAAUGUUCCCCACCCCCUAUCCUGUGCAGACGUACGGGUGUACUAACAUUGAGUGCAGACUGUUACUAUCAGCGUACCACACCCCAUUCUGUGGCCCUUGUAAAAUAUGUACUAACUGCAGAAUAGCUGGUGUUGGAACCGAGAUAUCUCCGACCUCUCUCAGCAGCAACCCUUUGCGACGCCGCAGUAAGCUAUUCAGCAGCAAGCUUGUCGACUCGGCCUUGGCUGUAUCCUUCGACCAGCAUGUCCUUGGGGGGUAUAGAUUCCUCAUGCGACACUACCGCACCGGAUCCCAGAUCUAUAUUUUCGGCUUUUCUCGAGGGGCAUACACGGCUCGCUUUUUGAACGAGAUGCUGGACCACGCUGGGCUGCUGUCCGCCGAUAACGAAGAGAUGAUCCCCUUCAUCUGGGAGGCGUUUUCGUCCUACAAAUUGACGGUCGGGGCCAAAAACCAACUUGAACGGGAGGAAAGUAAAAAAACAUUGAAAUUCUUGACGGCCUGCAGAGAAACGGUUUGUCGCGAAGUAGAUCGGGUUCACUUCCUUGGUUUAUUCGACACUGUCAACAGCACUGCCGAGUUUCAGGUCAACGCGGAAGUGAAGCCGAAUUCUGAGAUCAUUAGACAUGCAUUGAGUAUCGACGAACGUAGGGUCAAGUUUUACCCGGUCCUCAUAGAACCCAAGAAGGAGUACCAGUUCAGGGUUCAUCGACGCCUAUGGCCAUGGGGUUAUAGAGGCUCAACAACAUGUGGCCAGGGGGGUGGCGAUUCAGGUAAGCAAGAUAUUCAGGAAGUGUGGUUCCCCGGUUGUCAUGCAGACGUGGGUGGAGGUUGGGACUUUUCUGAAGGUGAAGCUUGGAGGCUGUCCCAUGGGCCACUUGUUUGGAUGGUGCAUGAAGCUCAGCGCGCUGGGCUUCGUUUCGACAAAGAAAAGCUCGAUAUGCUCGUGAGUAUCGAGAAGCAACAUAAAGUUGAUACUGUGGACAAAAACAGCGAAAAACUGGCUCGGGACAGCUCCGCGGAUCUUGACACGUCCCUUCACCUUUCGAGCACAAAAGGCAUACUGCAUGAUAGUCUUGAAACGGGUGAGGGAACUGGCUUUUGGCGUCUGAUGGAGCACAUACCGUUCCGGCGUAUGGUGCUACAGGUCGAUGGCUCGUGGAAACCCACUCGGUGGCCACUCCAUCGGGGAAGGAGCAGAGACGUUCCGAAAUAUGCGCAGAUCCACGUCUCUGCAAUUGAGCGGAUGAAAGCUGACACUACCUACCGACCAAUGAAUGUUAUUCUGGAGGGUCCUGCAGGUCGGAAGGAUAAAGUCUCCGUCCAAUUUGAGAUUGGGGAGUGGAAAGUCUGGUGUCAUAAAGGCGAUCGCGUGCGAGAGGCGUAUGUUCGGGAAUAGUUUUGUGUAUAAGUUGGAUUUUGGAAGAGGUUUCUCUUUUAGGAUAUUGCUUUGCACAAAAGUGAGAUUGUUUUGUUAUGAGGGGACGGCCAAGGAUACAAAUAAUGAGUAAAGUUAAUUGAAAUCAUGGCCAGCCAUAUCCUUUACACCUUGCCUUCUUCUGUCAAUGCUUGCUCGGUACAUAUAUCAGACAGUAUCAGAACACCGGACAUCCCCUUUUUCCGCGCUCCUUGACAGGUUAGUUAGUACCGGCUUCUUAAUCUCAUGGGAAAGUUGAC